CAAGCUAGGUAGUUUUUACUGGCUGAAAUUUUCCCAGAACGAAUUUGCAACUAUUUCUCAAAAUUAAACGUUAAAUUGUUGCUACUUCCCAUAAGCUUACCGAACACAAUUUACAACUUUGCUGCUUUUGUAAAUUCGGCGAUGCAAGUUUUUUUACCCAUUUAAUAAUAAAACACAGUCCGAAGAUCUUUUGCUAAAACUACAAAUAUUUAUAGAAAAAUGGCCGCAAAGCAUACUGAUAGAGAUGUUUAUAAAAUACUUAUGAAUUUGGAGUAUAAGGAAUUGACAAAUGAUCGUCACCCACCAGCAUUUUACCUCACUCGGCCAGAAAUUUGUGCUCUCUACUCGGCGGUUGAUCCUGAAUUUAUUACCAGGGAUGUAAAACUGAAAUACUUUAAAUCGCCCAAGUCAUAUCCAAUAGAUUUAAAUGAAGGGUUUGAUCAACAUAUUUUCCAAAACCGUAUAAACAACUACCAAAUGCUAGGUAAGGUACAAAAAUUUGUAUUAGAAACCGAAGAAAAUGUACUACAACCGAAUGCGUCGGCAAACACCCAAACAUCAAUCACUGGGUCAGAUCGAGCACAAGAUAUGCCAAAGCGCAAAGUAGUGUUGAGCCAGCGUGGCUUCUUAAGCCAUAUUAUGCUUAUCCCAUAUAGAUUAAAAGCUUCGGAGUAUAAUAAUGUCACUUUUUAUGCCACACGAUAUUGUGGGAUCCUCCAUAUCAUGCAUAUGGGUUGGGAUGAAGGGAGAACGAAAAAUGAUUCAUAUCACGGUAAAUUCAUGGAUGUCUGCUUAUCUGAUGAUCCGGAUCUAGAUCCCAUUACCAACGUGCCUGUUAAUGAUAAUGAAAGAGUUUAUGGUAUAUUUAAAUCUACAAUAAAAGAAUAUGAUUUAAUUUACUCUGCGGAAGUCGGGGGUAUAAUUUCUGAUCACAAGAUUUAUGAUGUCUAUAAUAUGGACGAAAUAAACAAAUGCAGAUUUAUAAAUACUAAAUUAUUGUGGACUUCUCAACGCACAGAAAAUAUAUUCAGCCAUUCAAAAAGUUUACAUUGGUGGCUGCAAGCAUAUUUGGCAAAAUCCAAUGAUAUCUGCGUAGGUCUUAAAGAUACAGACGGUGUAAUACGCAACGAAGUGGUGGUAAACCAAGUAAAGAAUAUACCGCAACAACAAAAGUGGAAGCCUCAUAUUUGUACAAGAUUUCUGCGUACUACCUUAAAAGCGGUUGAAGAAGUGAUGAGCGAAGUUGAUUGCCCUUACACAGUUUAUGAAUUUAUAUAUGAUUCUUUCAAAAAAUGUAUUAAAUACCGAAUCUUUACUGGUAAAACACAAUACUCAUUCUUAUCCGAGAAGUACAUAAAGCAUUGUAAAGAACGUACCGCAGAAAAGUAGUUAGUAAAGGAAUAACUAUGUACCAUAUAUCGCCUUCCCGCUUAUAUUAAUCGCAUACAUAUGUACAUACAUUUUAUUUUUUGUGUUUGCCACAAAAUGGCUCCGUAAUUAGCAACUUGGUAUAUACAAAUUAUGUGUAUGUAUAUUUUUAUACUAUUUGCAUGGAAAUAUACAUAAUGUGCAUAUGUACAUAAUUAA